UGACGUCGGAAGAAAUGUUUCUGCCCAUGCUCACAAGGACAGGAGGAGAUCAGCCACACUGCAGCUGAUAGAUAUGUUGUAGUGAUGUAAUGUUGCCUGUUUGGUGACUACGGAUGGCUGUCUGUGCCAGGCUCUGCGGAGUGGGUCAGUCGCGGAGGUGCAGGAGGCGGCAGCGGCAUAACCAGCAGGAUCAGGGCAGCGAUUCUGACAUGGACGAGGAAGAAGAGGAACGGAUCGUGGGUCAGAGGCAAGGCGACGUCGGCGGCGGCGGCGGCGGAGGCCAGGAGAGCGGCGUCGCCACUGCAGGGCCGAGUGACGCUUGUGAAUAUGGCAGCGGUCAUGUCAACAGAGGAGGCUCUCUGGAUCGCACCAGCACGGGACCUCCACACCCGCAGUCAUUAUUGGAGUUACCGCCGGAGCUCCUGGUGGAGAUCUUCUCACUGCUGCCCGGAACAGCGCUACCAAAUGUUGCCCACGUCUGCAAGAAAUUCAGACAGAUCCUCAACACUGAAACCAUCUGGAGACGGCGGUGCAUGGAAGAGUUCGGUAUGAAGGAUGAUCUGAGGAAGAUGGAAGUGGGAGGAGUAUCUAGCCGGGAUCUCUAUGUUAAACGUGUGAACCCACGGGUGAAGUCAGGGCGCUUUAUGAAGCUCCUCCCGGACUACGAGCACAUGGACUAUAGAGACGUGUACACACACUUGCUUCACCCAUACAGACAUAUCUUGGGCUUAUGGCAGCCUGACAUAGGGCCUUAUGGUGGAUUGCUCAACGUCGUGGUGGACGGGCUGUUCAUCAUCGGCUGGAUGUAUUUGCCACCUCAUGACCCCCGUGUGGAGGAUCCCAUGAGAAGACGGCCGCUCUUCCGUAUCCACAUGUGGGAGAGCAAAAAGGCCACCGUGGAGUGUAUGUACGGACACAAGGGUCCCCACAAAGGAGACAUACAGACUGUGAAGAAGGAUGAAUUUUCAACAAAGUGUAACCAGACUGAUCAUCACCGAAUGCCAGGGGGCAGACAGGAGGAGUUCAGGACAUGGUUAGAGGAGGAAUGGGGCCGGACACUGGAGGAAAUCUUCCAUGAGCACAUGCAGGAGCUCAUCCUGAUGAAGUUCAUUUAUACCAGUCAAUAUGAUAACUGCUUGACGUACCGGAGGAUCUACCUGCCUCCUCCGAUGCCCUCUGACCUGCUGGCCCCAGGCCUCUUCAAAGGCACCUACGGCAGUCACGGCUUGGAGAUCGUGAUGCUCAGUUUCAUUGGGAAUUAUGCGAGAGCCACCAAGCUCACCGGUGACCCCAAUGUUCCUGCCGGGCAGCUCACUUUGAAUGUUGACCUGAGCCGGCCUGUGGUCCUCCCAGACUUGGAGCACCAGCGCAACAUAGAGGAGCUGUCCCGUCUGGUACUGGGGGCACACGAGGAAGUGCAGAGAGAAGAUCAACAACAGGCCAGGGACACUUCUGCCACAGUCAGGGGUGCAGCAGAGGCGGCCUGCGGAGGUGCCAGCGCAGCAGAAGAGGUAGAGGCAGACCAAGGUACUUGUUCAGAGGGCUGCCAGCCUGACUCCAGCAGCAGCACCAGUCCUCCUGAAGCCCAGCCCUUCGUCCUGCCCCUGGGAGUCAUGGCCCGCAACGAGGUCUACCCACGUACCUGCAGGAAAUGCUUCUACGGGACAGGCCUGAUCGCUGGGCACGGCUUUACAAGUCCAGAGCGUACCCCGGGGCUCUUUGUGCUGUUUGAUGAGGACCGUUUUGGUUUUAUCUGGCUGGAGCUGAAGUCUUUCAGUCUGUACAGUCGCCUGACGGACCACCUAGCUCACGCUCACGCCCCAAAUAUGGAGCGAUUUGAGGCCAUGCUGUGCAACAUGCAGUCCUGGACAUCCUGAUGCACCACGUUUUGCGCCCUCCCCCUCUCCCCACAAUACAAUGCAUAAUAAUAACCAUUUCACACGAAUCACCUCUGUCCUCCGCUGACUGAUCAUUGCUAUCACGAUAGCUGUAACUGUCCACGUUCUAUCUAUAUCUGUUCCACAGACAUUGGGUUUUACUGUCUAAUUAAGCUAGUUAUGUCACCCUGACCUAGUACACUCGCGCUCCUGUUCCCAUACAAGCACUUUGAAAGGCCUCCCCAAGUCACCGUCUAUCACCUCACCUCAGUAUGACCUUAAUCCUCCAGUGCAGCAUGAUAACAGGUCACAUUAACCUUUUUGUAUUUAUUUAUUUAUUCCCUGCAGGAGAAAAGGAAUGAUAUUUCAUACCACUUAUUAUGGAUCAAACUGUACGUGCCUCUGAUUCUAAAACCAUGUCUGUACUUGAUAGUGCUUGAAGACGAUGAAGGUGUCCAAUGUAUUCUACUAUAUAGCAUUAUACUGAUUUCAGUGCCCAACAUAUUAAACUGCAUGCUGCAUUUUCUUUAGAUCUGAUUGCAUCUCAUAGCCAUGAUCUGAACAUGAUGUUUUAUUUUCAUUAAGCAGCAUGCCUUGCUUUUUAGUUUGUUUGUUUUUUUUGCUUUAAGAAAAAGACAGCUUCUCAGGUGUUUUUCUCUUUGCCACAAGUCAGUGAAAAACUGGACUAAAGUAUUUAUGUGUAUAACAAAAUGUAUGAAGUUACAUUCGUUUUAGUCAUAUGUCCAAUAGGAAUACUGAGUUUUACAGCGGGGCAAUUUUCUAACCAUUGACGAGAGCGGGUUUGCCGUCUUAUCAAACACUGUAGCUACAUCAGUCAGUUUUGGCCCUUUGAACUGAAGAGAUAGUGAUUUGCACUCAUUGGUCUACAUCAAACACUUGUCACCCCACAUGACAUUAUAUUAUGUAAGUUGGAAAGAUGUAUCGUACUGCAAUAGAAUAACAUAACCUAUAAUAAGCUGAUAAAAAUAAUACAGGUCUGUGUGCUUAUAUAAUGAUGGUCUGAAACAGAAACUUCUCUUACCUUUGAAAUGUAUUACAUUUGUUGUUUGUUUCAAUGGCUGACGUAAUGUUUGCCUGGCUUUAUAUCCGCAAAGCUUUUCCCUCCAGUUUUCCAAUUCAUCUCAAACUUGAGACCAGGCUAGCUAAACAUUAUACAAACUAACAGCUCAAAGUGCAUCUCAAAGUACCAAGUAAGUGUCUGUAUGCCUCAUUACGGCCUGAAGGUGUUGCCCAGUAGCUUUCUUCCUCCAAGUGCACUUUUCUGGGCAGUAUAGUGAAUCAUUCAAAACCACUGGCCAGCACUUUUAUAUCUGACUGCAGCUUUACUAACAUUUGCAAAAAAAAAAAAAAGAAAAAGAAAA